GUUCGUCAGUUCUCUUGAGGUUUGAAUUGAAUUACGAAGGAAACGCUCGACGCACUGAAUAGAAAUUCCGAGAAUCGUAUCGAUAAAUAAUUAUUUUCAGUGCGCGGUGGGUCCAGUGGGCCUGAUAAUCGGGGCAAAAUGCCACCAAAAAAAUUGAAGGAAAGCAUAACGUUCCUUGUGAAUAUCGGUGUCGUUCGUCACGGCACACAAAGCAAUUCGCGGUUGCUAGAUAAGGCAAAAUUUAUUCUUAAACACAUCAUUCAAAAGAAGAUAUUCCUGCGCCCGAAGGAUGAAGUAGGCGUAAUGCUAAUGGGAUCGGAUUGUGGUGAAAGCGAUACUGGGAUGGACAAUGUACAGGAAUUGUGUAGCAUGCAGAUUGGCAACUGGGACUUGAUAGAGAGCAUCGAGAAAUUACAAACCACUAAUCAGAGUUGUUCCUGGAUGGAAGGGAUUUUUGCUGCCGUUGAAUAUAUGAAACGUGAAUGUGUAGAUCUAUCUGAGAGGAAAAUAAUUCUGCUGUCUGAUUUUAAUGAAGAUGAGGACAUUGUGAGCCAAUUUCAAGUAGAAGACAUUGCGAAGGCUUUGAGCUCCGAGGGAAUUUUUCUCAUAGCAAUUGGAGAAAGGGCAUUGGACAGUACAGACAAGAAUUGUACAGCCAGCGAGGCAUUACUUAGUGACGUCUUGCAAGUGAAAGAGAUCAAUGGGCAGAUCAAUGGGCAGUAUCUCACUUUCGAGCACGCCAUGUCCAACGUACGCUUCUACAAGCGACCAUCGACCAAGCCGAUGCUGUGGCGCUGCGAGAUGAAGCUGGGUGACUUUUGCAUUCCGAUCGCUGGGAUCUCCAAGAUGCCACGUAAGGUGAAGUUACCGGGAAAGGAGGACACGGCUAAGAUGAGCACGGCCGACAAUCCUGAUCAACGAGUGCCGAUCAAGCGUACCGCGGAAUGGACGGACAGUAAUAGGACCAUUUACAAAGAGGAAGACAUAAUCCGCGGCUACGUGUACGGUGGCAAGGCUAUUCCCGUCUCGGAGGAAGCUAAGAAGGCCAUGACUCCCAAGAAGAACGAGAAGUGCUACAAGAUACACGGCUUCACCGCGAGGAAGAACGUUCCCAUGGAAUAUUGGCUGUCGGACGGCACGUACGUGGUUGUACCCGCUAGCGAGUCGGCAGGCCGGCGGUUUUAUGCCCUGGUGCAAGCCAUGGUUGAGGCGGACGUGGUCGCCGUCGUGCAAAAGGUCUACAGGCCUAACACUGAAGCCAACAUGGUGGCGUUGUUUCCGAGCGUCGGCGUGCCAAACGAGCCGUGGAGUCUCAUCGAGAUCGGGUUGCCGUUUGAGCGGGAUUACGAACCGAUAGGGCAGAAACCGCUCGACUAUCUGAUGAAGCGAUUGUCGAAGGAACAGAGUAACGCCGUGGACGAUCUGCUGGUGUCCCUAGAAUUGUCGGACGCCACCGACGACAUUGACAAGUACUUACCGGAAUGCAUGCCGGAUCCUGGCGCGCAGCACAUGUGGGAUACGUUAUCGGCUCGCGCGCUCAAUAAACCGUUGCCGCCGAUCGCCGACGAGGUGAAAGCUCUCUUGGAGCCACCCGAACGCGUGAGAGAAAAGUGUAAGCCGGUGGUGGAGAAGAUAAAGGAUUUGUUCUUCUUAGAGAAGAAGGAGCCUUUGAAGACCAGAAAGCGCAAGAGAGCAAGAGAACAAGAGGAUAACGAGCAAUCUGGUAACGGUAACGUGGCACAGUCGAUCAAAGAUCAGGAAGAAGACGUUGGAUUCGAUAAUGGUGAUAAAUCGAACAAUCCAGCGUGUUCAGGCGCGUGCGAUUUUGAUUUCGAUGACAUGGAUGACUAACAGGUAACCGCUGGCAAUGACUAUAAUUGUUAUAUGAUUGUACAAAGUCAUGCGGUGUGUGAAUGUAUAUUUUUAAAUAUUUUUUAUGCCAAUAAAAUAAAUAAAUAAAAUAAAUGUUA